UUGAGUCCAGCAAUAUGCUAUAUGUAUAGAGAUAUAUGCCAGUGUGCUGGAGAAGGAGAGAAAGAGAGAGAGACAGAGACAGAAGGAAAAACAGUAGUGUGUGUGUGUGUCUUUGUAUGAGAGCCAGAGCCAGAAGGCGAGGACUACAGAGCAUCCUUCCUGGAACAUCCCUUGGGUACCAGUUCAGCAGGCAUCAUGAGUAAGCUCAGUUCAAACGAAACAACAUCACCCCGUGAGAUCUCUGGCCAAGAGGAGAAAGAGAAACCUGGAACAACCAAGAAGGUGGAAGCAGAAGAGGAAGAAAUAGACAUUGAUCUGAACGCGCCGGAGACGGAGAAGGCCGCCCUUGCCAUCCAGGGCAAAUUCCGACGCUUCCAGAAACGGAAAAAGGACCCCAGCUCUUGAGCAGCCAUGGUUGCCAAGCCUGCCUCACUCUUCACCCCAGUGACCCCCUGCGCCUGUUUUCCUGUCAACCCGUCCCUCCACGCCCGAGACACUCCUAAGCACAGCUUGGCUCAAUACCUUCUUAUGAACCCCUGUUAAACUGGGACUAGUCAUCUUUUUCCCCCCUUUCCUUUUUUUGCACGUACUGUAUCUUAAUCAAAGCAGGGAUGGGGUGGGUUUUUGGGGUGGGCAAGGGCUGGAUCUGUUCCAGAACGAGAGAGAGGGAGAAUGAGGGGUCUUCCUAGAGCUUAUGCACACCCGCCUUGCACACCCGCACACGAGGGUGUCCCCUCUUUCCAAUAGCCAUGAUAAAGCACCGCAGCAUUGUCCUCCAAAGAAAGCCAUUGAUGCUUGGGAAAGCAUGGUUUCAGGGUGGGUAAGACAGAUGCACAGCUCUUGGGGCAGGAGGCCAAGGAUAACCGCUGCUAAUUUCCCUAUUUUUAAAAUUAAUUUUAAAAAACCUCUGCACUUUGAAAACUGCCUCUCGCCUAAGGUCAGCGCAUCCUUCUACGUAUCCUUUCUUCUGUGUGUAUGAACUGAAAUAUAGAUCCUUAGACGCUCACCGCCAUCAGGUACAUUGGGGCAUCCGAGAAACAGUUCCCGUUACAUCUAGCUGAAUGUUUGUGGAAGUCAUGGCAGAAAUCAUUACCUGCAAGAAAAGAAAAUGUACCAAGAAAAUAAAAGAGUUUUCAGCAUAUGUGCCACUUGCGGGACAAGACCCACAAACUUUUCCAUGCCUACCAAAGUCCUAAAUAAUUAGGAUUUUUAUUGCAAUGGUCCAAAACACACUGCAGAAAUAAUCUGGCUUGAGACUGCUUUAACUGCCCUGGCUCAGUGCAAGGGAA